GGCGACACCCACCCUAUCUAUCGUAUUGACACAGUGGAGCUAGGGUUUUUCGCACGCACUCUCCCUGCUCGACUGCAACCCCUAAACUCCGAAGAGGGAACCCAAUUUUGGAGAUUGUAGGGCUUGCAGAGAGCGGAAUCAUCUCCAUCAUGGCGACCGUCGUACAAACCUCCGAGGAAGAUCCCCAGCUGUCCGUCGUGCGCUUCACCUCCGAGCUCGCCUGGGCCGAUGCCGGUCCGGAGGCUGCGGAGCCCCAGGUCGAGAGAUUGUGUGUAGAGGCUCAGGAAUGUAUGGUGGCAGGCAGGUGGUUGGAUUUGGUCUCGCUGAUGCUCACAUCAGCUGACUUGAUAUUCUCGAAGGUAUCUGAGAAAGAUCUCGAGUGCAUUUUCACCGUCAUCUGCAAUGUCGUCACCAAAUCUGAAAACGCAGAUGAAAUGCUUGAGAUGGCAAAACUUAUAUCUGCAAAGGUUGCUCAACAACCAAAUGACAAACCCACGCUCCGCUUGAAGAUCUUAUUCAAUCUAUACAACCUCUUGACCAUUCCAUAUGGCCGGUUUCGUGUGUACCUGCAAGCCUUAAAUUUGGCAGUUAAUGGAAAAGUGGUUGAUCACAUUGCACCCUCUUUGAAGAAGAUUGAUAGUUUCUUGAAAGAGUGGAAUCUUGACGUCAAUGAUCAGCGAGAAUUUUUCCUUGCCAUGUCGAAUGUGGCAAAAGAAAAUAAAGGCUCAGCAAAAGAUUCUUUCAAGUUCUUGACCAAAUACUUGGCCACCUUUUCUGGUGAGGAAGCACAUGCAAUGAGUGAGGCCAAGGAGGAGGCUGUGAGAGCAGUCGUGGAAUUCCUGAAGGCCCCUAAUGUAUUCCAGUGCGACCUGCUGGAUAUGCCUGCUGUUGGACAACUAGAAAAUGAUUCACAGUAUUCCUUAGUGUAUCAGCUCUUGAAGAUCUUCCUGACUCAGCGGCUGGAUGCCUACCUAGAAUUUCAAGCUGCAAACUCUAGCUUGUUGAAAGACUUUGGGCUUGUCCCUGAGGACUGUGUUACCAAAAUGCGGCUUAUGUCUUUAGUGGAUCUCAGUUCAAAUGCGUCUGGCCAGAUUCCGUAUGCUGUCAUUAGGGACACUCUUCAGAUUAAUGAUGAUGAGGUGGAAUAUUGGGUAGUUAAAGCAAUAUCUGCCAAGUUAUUGGACAGUAAAAUGGACCAAAUGAAUGAAGUCGUCAUAGUGAGCCGCUGCAGUGAGCGAGUGUUUGGACAUCGCCAGUGGGAAUUGCUCCGAUCAAAGCUAGCAACAUGGAGGGAAAAUGUUGCGAGUGUCAUCAACACCAUCCAAGCUAACAAGAUAACUGAGGAUGUUACCCAGGCAACACAGGGACUGAUGAUUCGUUGAGGGUUUUUCUUAUUGCACCAGCACGAGGAGUUUCUCAUGCUGGUCUGGGAUGAAUUUCUGUAAUUUUGACUCCUUUUAUUUUUCUUUGGCUGGAAAUCGGAGUUUUCCGGGAGUAUUGUCACCUGUUACAAUCAAUGUAGUUACAUUUUCAAUUUUGGCCUUGUAUUUACAAGUACUUUCAAUUUAGUGGUUUAGGGUUCGAUAAA